GAAGCAUUUCACAUUUACUACUAACAUUUACCAGUAAUAAUUAGGAAAACACUUAACCAACUACACUUGAUCGCGGCUAUCCUAUAACUGUGACUACAAACACGCCCAUGCUUCUAAGAGGGGGAAAAAGAGGUGAAAGAUUGAAGCUUGAAAAUUGAAAAUUGCAGAAUGAAGAAAAUGCGAUUGAGGAAGGAAAUGCGGAAUUGGGGAAGCACAAGAGGAGGGAGACGAGAGAAUCGGGGAGAGGAGAGAGCCACGUGUCGAGGCGGGAGUGGAGGAGGGGAUGGGGGCUCGGUUCCCACAGCAUUACAUGAUGCCAGUUUGUGUGUAACCCCCAAGUCCUAUGACCCCGGCGAAUCAUAAUUUGUAUUCCUCUUUCUCUCUCUACAUCGCCUUCUCUCUCUCUCUCUCUUUCUACUUUUAUUUCUGCCCCUCUUUCUCUCUCUCCCCCCUUAAUCUCGUUUCUCAUAUACCCUACCCCCCUUUUCUGCUUCACUCCACCGCACCCGCAAUUCCCAUCACUUGUUAUUCGUGAAGGGGUAGGAAAGAUUUGGUUUUUAUUUGUUUCUGGGAGUUUUUGAUCCACGCCUCAGAUUAGGUCAUAAAUGUAUUGGCAAUGAAGGAAAAUGGUUCAGAGAAUAGUACCAUGCUUAAUAGAAACUGGGUGUUGAAACGCAAGCGUAGGAAGCUUCCAUCCGGUACAGUUAAGUCUCAUGACAGUGAGAAAGUCUUCAGACCUGUAAGAUUCUCAUCCACUACUAGAUUAAAGAAUGGCCAAGAAGAGAGCGAUAAUCUAGAGCAGAAUUCUGGGAAGAGAAAAGGCAACGAUGGGUAUUAUUACGAGUGCGUGGUCUGCGAACUUGGUGGAAAGUUGCUAUGUUGUGAUAGCUGUCCCCGUACAUAUCAUCUUGAAUGUUUAGACCCUGCUUUGAAGCGCAUUCCAACCGGUAAAUGGGAAUGCCCAACCUGCGUUCAGCAACAUUCUUGUGUGGAGAGCAUGAAUAAUCUGGAUCCUGUUUCAAAACGUGCACGGACAAAAAUCAGUAUUCGUAGAUCAAAGACUGAAGCUGAAUCAUCUGCAACUGACAAGGUAACCGAGACAUUUGAUGCUCCAACUCUUCGGAAGAAACGGAAUUCAGAUAAAGGAAAAUCUCCUGCAUCACUUCGUAGCCAAACAACUGAGAAAUUGGAUUCUCCCUCCAAUGACUUAUGCCAUAACGAACAGUUAAAUCCAGCUCAAGAUGGCUUUGUGGAUGCUAGUUCAUCUCAUGAUGUUAAUGAAAAAGAGCAAGUUUCUCAUGCACUUGUACAAGCGGUGAACACGAAGGCUUCCGUUAAGGGAUCAUUGUCGAAGAAAAAGAAGUCCAAAAUGAAUGUAGAAUCUACUGAUUUAAAUCCUGAGGCAUCUCCUGAAAAUAUUUCACCCCGAAGGAAACCUGUUCUUGCACUGGAAGCUGCUAGCCCAGCAACCAGAAAGAGAAAGCGAAAAUCGUAUUCUUACAAUACUGAAAAGAGGCUUAAAAUGAUUAAGGGAAAAUGUGGUUCCAAACCUUCUAAAAAAGGACUGGUCAAAGUCGGUGUUCAACGUUCAGGCACUUCAAAAUCAAAGGGAAAAUUUAAGAUAGCUGGUGAAGAUACUUCCUCAACUAAUCAGGAUAUUAGGGCAGCCACGGCUGGUGUUCUUCCGAAGGAUGAGGACGUCACUGAAGAAGCAGCUCACGAUUCACUUGAAUCACAAGAUGCUGUAAAAAUCAACAUUGAACCAGAAACUGCUACUGGAGUACAUCAGGUUGAUCGUGUUGUUGGCUGUCGAGUUCGUGGAAAUAACACUGAUUCUGGUUGUAAUGUGGUGGUCAAUACUUCAGAUUCUUUGGUUGCAGAAGAUGUGAAUAAAUCAGAAGUAAAUUUCAGCUGCCAAAGGCCUUUGGACGGAGGAAACAUAGCUGAGGAUCUUCAUGAUGCUGCUAAUUGUUCUGAUGAAGGGAGGAAGGCAGAAAAUGGUUCGAAUAAAGAUAAGCUACAAGUAUACAAAAGGUCAGCAACCAAAGAAUGUAAAGGAAAAAAAUUGGAGUCAGUGAGCGGAGAAAUUGAAGGUUCUGAUUCCUUUGUACCGGAAAACAAAAGUCAAGAUGACAAUAUCUCAUGCACCAAUGCAGCAGAAACUUCCAAGAAGGUUCCAGAAGGUGAGAAGACUGAUAUGGUGUUGGACACAUGUCCAGGUAAUGAUGAUCAGAAUGACAGCCAAAAUCCUGGGAUUUCAAAGAAUUGUCAGACUGAUGAUGCCGCUGAUGAUAAUGGUAGCAAAAAAGAGGUUGGAAAGGACAUGAGAAAGAACUACGCUCUGAAAAGGAAACUUGUAGACUCUUGUUCAGCUGUCUCAUAUGAGUUUCUGGUCAAGUGGGUUGGCAAAUCUCAUGUCCAUGACACUUGGAUUCCUGAAUCUGAACUGAAAGUUCUAGCUAAGCGGAA